AAUCGCAUCUGCAGGGUAAAGUAUUGCACAAACGUAGCCAUAGCAGCCGUAACAUCUGCUGCCCAGCUUCCCCCUUCCCAGCGCAGAGAUAAAGCAGUGCUUAUUCCGUUUUAGACCCAUAUUCAGGUUUAUACAUGCCCUCUUUUAUUUUUUACUUUUUUAAAUUAAGCCUACGUUUUAGUUCUCGUCUUUAAUUCGGGUUGAAAGGCGAACCAUAGACAAAUAUACUCAGGGAUAUAUAACUGUUGUACUUGCUAUAAAGUUACAGAAGUUUUUAUUUUCCAGAUACGGACCUUCUUCGAGGAAUUUAUUAUAAAGUUUCCAAAAAAGUAUAUUGUCUUUACGCGGAUACGGAGUGGAUAUGGCUUGGAUCAGAUGGGACCUAUUAUUUUCUAUAGGUUUAUUCAUUUCACCGGCAUUUGUCUCCACGGAUCAGAGUGGCUUUAGGAGAUUCUACGUGUUGCAGCCAGGACCGAGCGGGACGGACAGGGUACAUGUGAGUUCCAUCUCUUCGCGCUCCGGUGCCACUGGACAGCCCCAUGCCUACAAUGUGGAGCUCUCGGCCAGUUACAGUGGCCAGGUCCGAACCCGUAGGAUGGGUAACCAAGCGAACCCGAUCCCGCUUCGUCAGGACACACAGUUUACGCAGCAUCAGCAAGUCAUUCGGCGCACCAGCCACAACGUUCAACAAAGUCACCAAAUGAAAAUGUCAGGGGUGAAUGUCUGUGGAGGGCAGUGCUGUCAUGGAUGGAGUAAGGCCUCUGGAUCGCAGCAGUGCACAAAGCCCAACUGUCUGCCCCAGUGCCAGAAUGGAGGAAUGUGUCUGAGGCCCCAGCUCUGUGUCUGCAAAUCGGGCUCCAAGGGCAAGGCAUGUGAACAGAACACCAUGCCCACCUCCUCCUACCCAGCGCAGCCAGGGAACGGCCACACCAAGGGACACAGCAAUGGGCACACCAAGGGACACAACGUAGUGCCCCAGCGGCCCAUCCCCCAGCAGGGUUAUAUUCCUGGGCCAGUCCCUGUCAGCAACAUGGCCCAGAUGACCCUGACUGUCAAGCAAUCCCCCCACCUGGUCCGGCCCCAGCAAAUCCAGCCUGGUAGCCAGCAGUUUGUCCGGAAGCCCAAGUACUACCACACACAAACCACACACACACAGACACAUGUCCAGCAUCAGCCUGACAGACCCAUUCCCCUGACAGUGGGACACAACCCCAUCCACGUGGGGAACCACACGGGACGGAUCAAGGUGGUCUUCACACCCACCAUCUGCAAAGUGACCUGCACAGGGGGGCGGUGCCAGAACAACUGUGAGCUGGGCAACACCACCACCAUCGUCAGUGAGAACGGCCAUGCCGCAGACACCCUCACUGCCCCCAACUUCAGAGUAGUGGUAUGCCAUCUUCCCUGCAUGAAUGGUGGAAAGUGCAGUGCCAGGGACAAGUGUCAGUGCCCGCCUACCUUCACAGGGAAGUUCUGUCAGAUGCCUGUUCAGAACGGGAAUGGGCAGCAGCGCCAGAAUGGACAGCAGCAGACGUCCCAGAUUCACUCCACUCACACUCUGCCGCUGACCUUCAGCAAUGGACAGAACCCUGUGAAAUAUGCCCCCAGCAUCGUGAACAUCCACGUGAAGCAUCCCCCAGAGGCCUCGGUGCAGAUCCACCAGGUCUCCCAGCUGGAUGCCAAUGGGCAGAAGGUGAAAGGCAAUGGGCAGAAUGGCCACUCCCAGACCCAGUCCCACUACACCUACCACCACUCAGAGAGCAGCCAGAAGAUCCAGCAGCAGGGACACAACAUCAUCUACCCCAACCUGCAGAGCUACGUACCCCAGUACCAGCCUGUCUCCAACGGCCAGCUGGGACGCUGCUUCCAAGAGACCACUGGCACACAGUGUGGCAAGGCCCUCCCUGGUCUCAGCAAGCAGGAGGAAUGCUGUCAGAGCAUCGGAACAUCCUGGGGGUUCCACAAAUGCCAGAAGUGCCCAAAACCAUCUAUUCCUCUGACAGCUGGAGGAUCCAGACAGGCGAUGGACUGCCCCCAGGGAUACAAGCGCAUCAACAACUCCCACUGCCAAGAUCUUAAUGAAUGCCAGCUGCAGGGCGUGUGUCCCAACGGAGACUGUCUGAACACCAUGGGUAGCUACAGGUGCAGCUGUAAGGCCGGCUUCAUCCCUGACCCCACCCUCUCCACCUGUAUCCCUGACACCCCUGCCGUCCACGAGGAGAAAGGGGCUUGUUUCCGAUUGGUCAGUUCGGGGAAGCAGUGUUUGCACCCGGUGCCUGCUCAGCUGAGCAAACAGCUGUGCUGCUGCAGUGUGGGCAAGGCCUGGGGCCCGCGCUGCGACAAGUGCCCCCUGCCAGGAACAGCUAAAUUCAAGGAGAUAUGCCCUGGUGGGAUGGGCUACACUGUCACAGGCUCUUACAAGCCCAAACUACCCAAUCAACUACCCAAACUUCCCAGCCAACCUGAGACCAUCAACAAGCCAAUGAUCACCCACCAAGAGCCUGUGGCCCCGCCUCUGCCCUUCCCGACACCCGAGAAACCAGUGGAGGCCUUGAGCGUCACUGAGAGACAGCUUCCCUCCAUUCCAGUUGCCACGGAUGCACCUGAGCAGGAGCUGGUUAUUCUGGAGGCUACUAGUAAUAGGCCAGUAGUUGAGGUCGAGGCUGGCCAGCCACAGCUCUCUCCCGGUGUCUCUACCAUGAGGAUGGAGCCGGCCUACCCAGAGGUUGUGGAGAAAACGUCCCCCCCUGCUCCAGCCCUGAUCCUCCCCUCCAACGCUGGCCAGGACAUCGCCCCGACUCAGUCAGCAGAGGUGGAUGAGUGCCAGGUCAACCCUCACAUCUGUGGCCAGGGGAUCUGCUACAACACUGUGGAGGGUUAUACCUGCAUCUGUAGAGAGGGCUACCAGAUGGAUGAGACGCACACCACCUGUGUCGAUGUUGAUGAAUGCCUGGAGUCUGCAUCACUGUGCUCCAACGGCCGCUGCAGGAACACUCCUGGCAGCUUCCUGUGUGUGUGCCAACCAGGCUUCAUGACAGAUGAGGAGGGAACCAGUUGCAUUGAUUUAAACGAGUGUCUGAACUCCCACGCUUGUCCUGAGGAUGGCUUUUGUGUCAACAAUGUGGGUUCCUACAUCUGUCGGCACUGUGACGGCGGCUUCAGGAUGAGCCCAACAGGCCAGUGUGAAGAUAUAGAUGAGUGUCUGGACAUGGGUGUGUGUCCAUCCGGCAUGUGCAUCAACUUGCUGGGCUCUUAUGAGUGUGAUUCGUGUCCAGAGGGCUUCCAGGGCCAGGGAGGACAGUGUGUCGAUGUAGAUGAAUGCCUGCACCAGUCAACUUGUGCCAAUGGGAAGUGCUCCAACUUUGAGGGAUAUUUUGUCUGCUCGUGUAACGAUGGAUUCACGCUCAGCCUAGAGGGACAAUCAUGUGAAGAUGUGGAUGAGUGCCAGGAUGAGCAGGUGUGUACCAGGGGGCACUGCCAGAACACUGUGGGUUCUUACCUGUGUAACUGUGGGCCGGGCUUUAGGGCCUCCCCGGCGGGGGACCAGUGUGACGAUGUGGAUGAGUGCCAGGAGCUGACCAUGCCCUGUGACAGUGUGGGCCAGUGUGUCAACAACAUGGGCUCCUACCACUGCAGCUGCCCCCAGGGCUACCAGCAGAUCAACGGCACCAGCUGCCUAGAUGUUGACGAGUGUCUGGACGACCCGGAGCUGUGUUCCCCACACGGGGAGUGUCUCAACGCCGAGGGCUCCUUCUACUGUGUCUGUGAGAGAGGCUUCGCUGCAGGCCAGGACACACACACCUGUGAAGAUAUGGAUGAGUGCUCGGAUGACACCAGGUGUGUUGGCGGCUCCUGUGAGAACAGCCAGGGUUCCUACAGAUGCCAGUGUGACACUGGCUACCGCCUGCAGCCAAACACUGACACAUGCCUGGAUAUCGACGAGUGUGAAGAGUUGGGCCAGAGUAUCUGUGGGGCGUGGCUCUGUGAGAACACAGAGGGCUCCUAUAGGUGUGUGGUGGACUGCCCCCCCGGACACGACCGUGGCCCAGAAGGCAUCUGUGCUGAUAUUGAUGAGUGCAACGUCAACGCCACGGUGUGUGGUAACCACGGCUUCUGUGAGAACACGGUCGGUUCCUUCCGCUGCCUGUGUGACCGGGGCUACCAGGAGUCCCAGGAGGGCCUCGGCUGCGUGGAUGUGAAUGAGUGUGAAUUGCUGAGCGGUGUGUGUGGCGAGGCCCUGUGUGAGAACGUGGAGGGCUCGUUCCUGUGUAUGUGUUCCGACGAGGACCAGGAGUACAACCAGAUGACCGCCAAGUGCAGUCCCGCUCCCACAGCCUCGUCAGUAGAGAGGAAGGAGUGUUACUACAACCUCAAUGAUGAGAACCUGUGUGAGAACGUGCUGACCAGCAGUGUCACCAUGGAGGAGUGCUGCUGUACGCUGGGGGCAGGCUGGGGGGACAACUGUGAGGUGCACCCCUGCCCCGUCCAGGGCACUGAUCAGUUUUCCCAGAUGUGUCCAGCUGGGAGAGGCAAUGUACCCACUGGUGACGCUGUGUUCGGAGUGACCGCAGCCGAGAGUUAUAAAGAUGCAGAUGAAUGUGCGUUGUUUGGCCAGGAGAUCUGUAAGGAUGGUUUCUGCCUCAACAGCCCAGGGAGCUACGAGUGUUACUGUAAGACUGGCCUGUACUACGACGAGGUCAAGCUGCAGUGCAGAGACAUCGAUGAGUGUCAGGAUGAGUCGAGCUGUGUGGGGGGAGAGUGUUUGAACACACAGGGCUCCUACAUGUGUUUCUGUACCCGCCCCAUGGUGUUGGACUCUGACAACAAGCGCUGCGUGAUCGCCCCUGAAGUGGCUGAGCAACACUCGGUGCAGACUGACUACCAGGGUAUUUGCUGGCAGACGGUAACGGGCACCCGGAAGACUUGCACCAAGCCCCUAGCCAACAGAAAGACCACCUUCACAGAGUGCUGCUGUCUGCAUGGAGAGGCCUGGGGCAUGGACUGUGCCCUUUGCCCCCUGAAGAACACAGAGGACUAUGCCUCCAUGUGUAACGUGCCAAUGAGGGAAGGACAGGGGCGUCCGUACGGUCGCGACGCCCUUGUGGCUGAUCCCAUCCAGGAGUAUGAGGUCAACUUGGACUAUGAACCUCGCCCCGACCAGCCUGGUGCCCUGCCCCUGUACGAGGAUGAGGAGAUCGCGUACGACGCGUUUGAGGGCCUGAGAGCGGAAGAGUGUGGCAUUCUGAACGGCUGUGAGAACGGGCGCUGCGUGCGGGUACAGGAGGGCUACACCUGCGACUGCUUUGACGGAUACACCCUGGAUAUGUCCCGCAUGGCGUGUGUGGAUGUGAAUGAAUGUUCCGAGCUCAACAACCGGAUGUCCCUUUGCAAGAACGCCAAAUGUAUCAACACGGAAGGAUCCUACAAGUGUGUGUGCCUGCCAGGAUACACCCCCUCUGAGCGGCCUAACUACUGUGUGGCCAGGGAACAAGGAGCAGCAGCAGCAACGCGCACAGAGAGGGAGUGAGCCCCCAUGGCCAGUAGUAGAGGGACACCCAACACACUAAAAACACACUUAUUUAAUCCAAGCCCAUAUAUUCUGCACUGUAUAAAAACACACUAAACAAAACAACAAAAUCAUUUACUUGAGAUGAAGAUCCAAUUUAACCAACUAUGUGGUGCCUUGUGACGGAGAAACACAACAUUGUAUAAAAUGUAUGUUUGUUUUUUGUAAGUUUAACUUUUUAUAUUAGAAGGAGUUUAUGCGCGCUAGAGGGGGCUUUCACUCUCCUAACGCAACGACAAACCCGAUGAACUCUUACUGGGGGAUAACGUUUUAUUUUCUACCCAGUCCAAAACGCCUUGUGUGUGGAUAUUUAAUUCAGUGAAGAGGCCAGCCGUCCCUUUGCUCUCCCCGUUCUCCCUCUUCCUCACAGUCCUCGUCCCCGUACGGUGGCUGUGGAGGACUGCCUGCCUGGUCAUGAAUGGACAGCCAUAAGAUCUUUGCUCCGUGGCUUCACACAAACAUACAGUAUGCACACUACUGUAAUAUCAUUUUGUUCAUGUAAAUUCAUUGGAAUAAGCUUUUUUUCUAGGCAUUUUUUUUGUAUUAAUGAUAAAUGCAAACACAAAACUACUUCUCUGUGUCUUGGACAUUGGACAAUAGCAGGUUUUUAUUUUAAUUUUAUGUUUUUCUUGCCUGCCCUGUGGAGCAGUCAUAUUCCCUACCAUUUGUUUUUUUCUUGAGAUAUUGUUUUAUUUCUUUGAACAAAAAUUCUAUGACAUUUUGCUAGAUUUUUUUCAUACUUUAAUGAAACCUUUUUUCUGCAUUUUACUGCAAUGUGUAAAAGUCUUUCCAGGUUGCAAAGCUGCUAUGGGACAGCCGUGGGAGAAGUUUUGUACAUUUAAACAGAAGAGUUGAGAAACCAAGUUUAUGUAUUUGUAAUUUGUACAUGAAAAAUAGCUCUUGUACGAAUAUUCAUAUUAUGAUGUAUAUUAAACCCCUGGUAAUAAAUCACAAAUGGUGAUAUUUAUA